GAGAGAGAGAGAGAGAGCUGGCAGUCUGUUUGCCUUGCAUAACAUACGCUGUAGCUCUCACACGUAGGGCUAGUAAAACAGCGCAGACGAGGGGACUUCCUUUACCCUCAGCCCUCUGAGCAAUUGUCGAAGGAAGUGGAGGAAAGUGAAGGCGGGGGGAACAUUGGACAUGGAAGAAAACAUAAAUCAGAGGAUCGCGCGUGUGACCUGAUAGCAGAGCUAAACCUGGACAAAGGACAGCUUGCCAGUGGGUAGAGUGAGUUACACUCGUAAUGCAGAGAGAGAGAGUGAGUUAUUAAAUGCACCCCUAUAAAGAAAGGUACGGACCAAUAGCCAUCAGUGAGAAAUGAUUCCACAUGAAGCACAUGGAUCCUUUCAUGACAAGAGUCCUGACAAUGGACAAGACUAUAGUAAAAGGGGAGCAAAGUAAUAGAACAAUGAAUAUCUUAACAACUGAGUUCUACUUUGCACUUUAAAAUAUCUUGAUCAAGACAAGUGGGUUAAAAUUCGGGAAAAGCUCCAAGACCAUGAAGUCUAACCAGGAGCGUUGUAAUGAGUGCCUUCCGCCAAAAAAGCGGGAGAUUUUAGCUCUGGAAGAGAAGCAGGUGCUGGUGUCAGCUGCUGUUAGUGACAGCCAGAGUGGAGAGAAUUUGGCUUGGCUUGCCAGCGUUGCUACAAUGGCUAGCAUGGCCCACAUCCCCAACAAUGCAGGCCCAUCACAGAGCAACAGUGCUGAGCCUGACAGCCCCCCACCAUCAAAUAAGGCUCUCACUGUGGUGACGGAAUAUCCUCCAACUAAUACAUCUGCUGGCUUUUCAUUCUCUUCCAAUAGCUCCACAUACAGGGGAGUUUUCUCUGGGCCUACCGUGCUAACAUCCAAUCCUGCGGUUCUCGCCACAAGCCUUCCUCAAACUAUAGGCUCCGUCCAAUACACACAACUUCCCCCCAAUCUCCAGCUCAUAGGGCCCUAUACAAGUUAUAUCUCUUCACAGAUUGUGCCGUCCACGACUAGUCCAACACAGCCACGGAGGACACCACAAGAGGUCUUGGCCACAACAGCUGUAAUCUCCCAAGCAUCCAGCAUUGAUUCACAGAAUCAUCAUGUGAUUUCUUCUAUACCAAAUGUUUCCCACAGUCAAUGCAUCCAGGUAGAAAGUGCGCCUUUGGGUUUGACCGUUUCCUCCCCUUCUGCCCAACUGCCCAUUCAAAUCCAUCCACAUUCAGUCCUUGCCCCUCAUGCCCUGGCCCUUACCCCCUCUCAAGUGGUUCUACACUACACAGAUGGCUUCAUUGCAAAGCAACCGGACUCCUAUCACAGAGAGCUGCAGAAUGGUACACUAGGAGAGAUUGCAGUGGUCAAGCACAGUACUGCCAAAGUAAUUUCUAGCCAGUCAGAAGGCAACCAGAGCCACAAGCAAAACCACGACCUGGGCCUCCAGACCCAAGCUCAGGUUCUGCUCCCAGCAGACUACAGCACUCAUGACAGAACAGGACUGCAGACAUCGCUGAUGUUGAUAUCCAGUAGCCACCUAGCAGCAAACAACAACUCAGAGCUCCAAAGUAUCUUGGGUAAGGACCACUCAUCUUUGCACCUUAAUGAGAGAGGAGGGAUCUGCAUAGGCAAACCAAUGUCUAGAGUGUCUGCCCUUACUUCCUCAGACAGCCAAGUUUCUCCUGCCUCCACAAUCUCCCCGCACACGUUCCUGCAGGCUCCUCACAACACUCCUCAACAAGAGCUCUCCACCAGCCUUUACUCUGCAACACAGCUCCCAAUUAUUGGCUACAUCACCAGUGCUUCUGGUGGACCCCAGCAAGCAGUAACUGGUUAUCAGAGCAACCUGCCACAGCACAUGGUGAUCUCAGGCAACCCCUCCUUGCUCAUUCCGGUGAGUGCCACUAACAUCAAUCCAACUACUGCUGAGCCAGAGGUCACCCGCUGUUCUGUAAUCCCCAGUGUAGCCAAUGCGUCAACAGCUCUGCCUCAGACCUUUAUUAAUACAUCCCCACCUGCAGCUGCAGCUUCAGUCCUACCCAAUGGUAAAGACAUCACAGUCUCUGACGGAGGUCAUGCCUCCUGUGUUGUGCCAAGUCCAUCCCAAAUACAGCUGCCAGUUCUUUCAGCCAGUGUGGUGGGAUCUCCAGUUCCUGUAACACCUCCGACAUCCACAAGCCCUCACAGCUCACCAUCAUCACCAUCAGCGGGCCUACCACCAUUCUUCAUGAAGGGCUCUAUCAUUCAGUUGGCAGACGGUGAACUAAAGCGUGUGGAGGAUCUGCGGACAGAGGACUUUGUGCAAAGUGCGGAGGUGAGUGAAGAACUGAAGAUUGACUCCAGCACUGUAGAGCGCAUAGAGUGCAGCUGCACACCCAAUGCUGUCAUCAUACAGUUCUCAGUGGGAGAGAACAAAGCCCAGGUCUGUGUCGAGGUUCUGGUGGAAUACCCUUUCUUUGUGUUUGGUCAAGGUUGGUCAUCCUGCUGCCCUGACCGCACCACCCAGUUGCUAGCACUAUCCUGUGCUAAACUCUCUGUGGGUGAUGUUUGUAUUUCUCUCACCCUUAAAAGCCUAAAUUAUAGUAUUCAAAAGAAAGAUAAUUUUUCAGACUCUGUGAUGAAACAAAACAAUACUUUGAAACCAGCCAAAAACAAUGGGCCAAGUGAGGAAAGACCAACCCAAAUAGAGGAUCCUAAGAAAGGACACAAAAUGACAUCAGGAGUGGAAAAUAGUGCAAGAACACUGGUUGAGACUUCCAACCCAAGAAAUGUGUUGACCCUCUUGGAGGAUGGGGGCAUAAAUCCUCAGACACAGGUGAACCUCCAGAACCAGGCAGAGAAAACAUACACAUUUAGUGCUGAGAGAAUAGCUAGCCGCAAGAGGAGAUGGUCUGCACCAGAGAGGGGAAAAGUGUGGAGGUCGGAAGAGGACCCUCAGAUUUUACCAAAAUUUUCCUUUCUCCCACAUCACCUGAAGGUCAGCAUUGAGGGCCGCUCCAGCACAGGAUGCUGAGGAUGUUCAGAACUCCAUAGAGCAGUGGUGGGGAGUCAGUUUCUAACCAAGAUAUACAUUAAUUAGCCUUACUUAAUUUGAGAAAUCACAUAAGGGUGAUUAACUAAAUAAAGUUUAUUUUUGCUUGGUGUCCAAGAAAAUGCUUUUGCUUCAAUAACAAAGACUCAGAAUACUUUCCCCAUCACUGCCAUGUACUGUAAGAGGGACAAGGAAGAGCAGAUUUCUUUUUGGUACUUUGUUGCUUUCCUAUCAAAUUCAUGGUUACUGUAAUAUUAGAUCAUUUUACACAAAAAUGUCUGUGAUCAUUUGAGUCAUGUCAUAUGUAAUAUUAAUCCUUAGACUUUCUUUUAAAUCAGCUGGACAUGACAGUUUUGGGUUGUAUGUUGCAAGGUCUGACCACUUUUUUUCUCAGCUUGCUGAGCAUUCAGUGUCUGUUUGUCUACUGUGUACUGAAUUCAUUCAUAAUCAGGGCUUUUACUGGAUAGGGACUGUUACAUGGAUUGAUGGAAAAAGGUUAACUGUAAGACAUUUUGUCAUUUGUGUGACUAUGAUUACGAGUGAUUUCCUUAAAUUGUGUGAGCAUGAUUUUCUUAACAGAAGCAGCCUUCCACUUGUUACUGCCCUCAAUAAUCCCUUGCUUACAUAAUGUCAUAUGAAAGUGACAGGCUUUGCUCGAGUGACUACUUUGAAUCUGACAUCAAGAUACAACAUUGAAUUUUAAAUGAUUUAUCCUUAUUUGUUAAUUGAAUUGCUGAUAGUCUUGUAGAUAUGCAAUACUGAGCUUUCACAUACCUCAUGUGUGCAUUUACCAGUUAACCCACUCAGAUUGCCUGAUCGGAUCUGUGAUCUCAGUUUUGAGUGAGUAAGCGUUGGAGAAAUCUUCACAUUGUCAGAGUGGCUAUGUAGAGAAGUCUCCAUUCAAGUCAGAAUUAGCACUUUAAAGAAAGGUUAGGGGAAGUUGAAUGAAUGGAUGGAAACAUUCCCACCUCUGUUUUGUUACUACAGCAACAGACCAUUUUGAGUGCUGUUAGUUAUUUUGUGCAUUACUACCCAUUUUACAUGCAAAGCACUUCGCAUUUAAUAUUUUUCAAUAAUGAUGUCUUCUUUACACUAUUUUAAGUAUUGUGUGUCUUAAUCAGUCCAGCUGCAAUAAUAAAUUCUUUGUUAAAGACACAAUAUAAUUACCAUACAACUAAAUCUACGCAGCAUCCUCGUUGUUCAAAACAAGCCACGUUUCACAGGUUUCUCAGACAGAAUUGGCCUUUUUGUAUCGAAACUUGUUUAUAUAGGAAAUUUAGCAUCUAAUAAAGUUAAUAAAAGUUACCCAAAUAUGAUCAUUUAAAUAGUAAGAAUCAGUGAAUCAAAGGAGGACACUAUGCUGUGUACAAUCUUCUCGUUCACCGAAAAUCUAAAUUUCCAGUGGUCAAAAAUGGAUCGCUAACAUUGACCUAAGACAUUCCGAAUGACCUGUACUUCAGUCUCUCACAGCCUAAUUUUUGUUUGCAUCAAAAUAAUAUAUAGCUACUGCUCAGACUAAGGUAUGUCAUCCACUGUGGGUCUCUUUUAAAAUGUUGAUUUCUCCACACUUAGCAGUAUGCUGUUAAUGGCCUAAACAUGUCAUUGUCAGACUUUUAACUUCUCUGCAUAGAAAAAAACAAAACAAAAUGAAUGUUGAGACACUAUUUUUAGAUUUUAAUAUCCACAUGAUCUAUUUUAUCUGUAUUUAUCUUUGCUGUGCUGGUCAUGUUAAACAAAUUUAAAGGAAUUAAUUUAGUACACUGCAAUGAAAAAUUACAGAUAAGGUAAUAAUCCAUAAACCUUUUUUUUUAUGAAAAAUAUAAUUGGUC